GCCGUGAGCAUCAGACACUGUUCUACUUUUAUUCGAAAUUCGAAAUUGUAAAUAUUUCUAAAUUAUUGCUCGAGAUGUCCGAAGCUAAGGAGGAGAACAGGGGCGUGGUCAUCGUGUCGUGCGACUUUGAGAUCAGGGGGAAAAUCCCCAAGGAGGCGUUCGAGCUAUUUGCUGCCGCACAGGCCCAGAUCCUGGGACUACGCGGCUACAUUGUGCACGUGUCGGAGAACUGCUUCCGAGGGCAGCUGCAGGGGCCUCAGCUUGUGAUUGAGACCUUCAAGCAGGUCAUCCUCUCGGUCGCCGAGUAUGUGGCCGCCGUCAAGGAGUUUGUCAUCAAGAACCUAACGGCCAUCCAGGAGUGCUCCUACAAGUCCUUCGAAGUUAGGACCACGUGCCCUGGCGAGUGCCAGCCCCCGCCGUCUGGGCCAAAGCCAAGCACCUCAUCUUGAAUAGGAUCCGCGGCAGGGCUCCGACGAACAGACACUCAACCAUUGCCUGCAAUAGAACCAAUGGAGCAAAGGGCAAGUUGGCCCCAGUAAUACUCGAACUGUGUGGAGUAUCUG